UUGAUAUGUAAAGGAACUCUCGGUCUCGGGCUGAAAAGAGGGAAAAGCUUUUUUGCCGGUUUGGUGGGCGGGGUUUCGUGUGUAGGUAACCGUGGGCACGAACUUGAUGGACAGGCGAAUUCCAUAGAGGCAGGGUAGCCAACGGAUCUCCUGGGCAGAGCGCUGGGGAGGCUAUCGGGACUGGGGGCCUUCCAACGGCAUUUGCUUCCACGCGCACAGAGCCUGUUUGGGUAAAAAGGCACGCUGCUGCCCCAUAGGAAACAUGGCGAGUGUCCGAAAUGGAACCGAAGGGACCAGUGGCGGCGGCGGCGAAGAGGAGAGCUUUGAAGAUGCCUUUGAAAACAUCCCAGUAGCCACCAAGAUGGAUCUUAAGUGUGCUUUGGAAGAGUGUACAAUGGCAUUAAAUUUAUUUCUAAACAACAAAUUCUCAGAAGCUCUGGAAUUACUUCGUCCAUGGUCAAAAGGCAGUAUGUACCAUGCCCUUGGAUAUAGCACUAUUUUAGUCAUGCAAGCUGCUAUGACUUUUGAACAGCAGGAUAUCCAAAUGGGAAUUGCUACAAUGAAAGAAGCUUUACAAACCUGCCAAAAAUUCAGGAAAAGAAACACAGUGGUGGAAUCAUUGUCCAGUUUAGUUUCAAAACAAACUGUAGAUCAGAUGAGUGAAGAGGAAAUGCAUGCAGAAAUCUGUUAUGCUGAGUGCUUACUACAGAAAGCGGCACUGACAUUUGUUCAGGAUGAAAAUAUGAUCAACUUCAUAAAGGGUGGCCUCAAAAUUAGAACAAGUUAUCAAAUAUACAAGGCUUGCUCGUUGCUGAAGCGUGGAUGUUUUGGAGCUGCUUCUCUCCAAGGUACAAAGGAAGACCGCAGAGAAAUAAGAGAAUGUCAUCAAGUUCUACAGAUGACCCAGGAUAGCAAAGGCGCGCAUGAAACCUACUUCCAGUUUGAAGGGGGUGUGCAACUAGGAAUAGGAGCAUUCAAUUUGAUGUUGUCCCUUUUACCAGGAAGAAUCCUUCGGCUUCUAGAAUUUAUUGGGUUUUCAGGCAAUAGGGAGCUGGGUCUCCAACAACUACGAGAAGGGGCUUCUGGUGCCAGUCUGCGGGCCAUACUGUGUACUUUCACCCUGCUGCUAUAUCACACCUACGUUUCAUUAAUCCUCGGAACCGGGGAAUCCAACCUCUUAGAAGCAGAGACCCUCCUCCAGCCUUACCUCCAGAAGUUUCCAAAGGGUGCGCUCAUUCUAUUUUAUGGUGCCAGAAUAGACAUACUGAAAGGAAAUUUUGAAAAGGCUCAGGUGGCAUUCCAGGAAUGUAUUGCAGCCCAGCAAGAGUGGAAACAGAUACAUCACCUCUGCUACUGGGAGCUGAUGUGGAGCUAUACCUUCCAGCAGAACUGGCUUCAAGCAUAUCGGUAUGCAGAUCUGCUUUGCAAAGAAAGCAGGUGGUCAAAGGCAAUUUAUGUGUUCCAAAAAGCUGCCAUUUUGUGUAUGCUUCCAGAUGAUGAUGUGAGAACAACAGGAGAAAACAUUGUAGCUUUGUUUAGACAAGUAGAAGGUCUAAAACAAAGAAUUGCAGGAAAAUCUAUCCCAACAGAGAAAUUUGCUGUGAGGAAAUCUCGACGCUAUUCAGGAUCUCAACCUGUGAAGCUAGUAGUACCUGCUCUGGAAAUGAUGUACGUCUGGAACGGCUUUUCAGUUGUAGGCAAAAGAACUGACCUUACUGAAAAUUUACUGGUAACAAUUGAAAAAGAAGAAACUGAUUUAAAAAAUGAACCUAAUCACAACGAAUACUACAUGGAUGACGUCUGUCUAUUGCAGCUGUUGAAAGGCCUGUGUUUGAAACAUUUAGGAAGACUCUUACAAGCAGAACUCUGCUUCAAUCAAGUUAUUCAGAGCGAGAAGCAAUUGAAGUACGAUAAUUAUUUAGUGCCAUACACGAUGUAUGAACUGGGCCUUCUAUACAAGGAACAGGACGAAAGAGACAAAGCAAUACGUUUUAUAGAAGCUGCAAAAAACAACUAUAAGGAAUAUUCCAUGGAAUCCAGAUUGCACUUCCGAAUCCAUGCAGCACUUAAUAGUCUGAAAGUGACUCCUGCUCCAACCCCUUGAUAUCAGCUGAGGGUGAUACAUAACACAAGGGUCUACAAGUUAUUUGAAAAUUUUACAAAAUCAUGUAAAUGAUGUAAAAAAAAGAAUUAGUAGUUUAUAUUUUCUAUUAUUUGUGAUAUUUGUAUAUCUGUCAUUCUUUUAGGCAGUUCUUUUUCUAUGAUGCACCUUCCAUAUCUCUGCUUGGCAUUUAGAGGAAAACCUUAUAUUUUGUUUAUAAAAGGAUUAAUUCAGUGUUUGGCAUGAGAGGGAAAUAUUUUAAAAGACAAUUGCUGAUGCAAUGAAGAAUAAUUCAAACACUUUAUUUUUUAUAAGAAGACUAAUAUUGUUUAUGCAUAGAAACUGUGCAACAAUUCUUGUUCAUAGUUUUAGCAUUUCAUGAAGGCUUGAAUUUCUGCAAUAUCUUUUUAUUAGAACUUGUUAGUCCUAAUUUUAAAGAAAAAAGUUGGCUGCUGGUAGCCGUAGACACAUUUGACAAUUGACUCUUAGAUUUACAUACCAAAGAUUUGACUUGUCAUAUCAUAGCCAAAAAACAAUGAAUGGCUUAAAGUCACUUCAUGAAUGUUAGUGUGAAUUUCAGUGCAAUAUUUUUACAAUGUAUAUCUGAAGAAAUGUAAGAAAAGACAGGGUUUUUAGAUUACAUUUAGAAAACAUUUCUCAGUUGUAAAGAAUUGUAGCAGUUCAGUUGCUUGUCUUACUAUGUGUGUUUAAUACACUGAUAUUACCGGGAAUGAACUGUACUGUGAAAAUAUUUUUCCAGUGUGGUAAGGGCAUUUGAUUGCUCCUCUGCUCCUGCCACCAAAGGUUGGUAGAUGUUGGUACUACUUUAACAUUAUGAGGGCUGACUUCUUAAAUUCAGUUUUGGGAUUAGUAUUCCUGAAGGAAACUGACACCCAUAGAAAUGUAUUAGACCUCUUCUAGCUAUAAGAAAUUAUCCCAAAUUUGAUUAUGGUCUUGUUGAUCAGCUACUAAUAAAUAGGACCAUCCUGUGUACCACAAGUAUUCUAUGGAACCUGCAGGACAUGCUGUUUUCUGACAGUGUGUACACAAUAUCUGUCUGAGUCAUCUUUUUACCAAUCUAAUUAAAAAUCCUUUAAAAAAAAGACCUCUUCAUUAAGGACCAGAUCUAUCAGUUGUGUUUACAGGCUUUAUAUUAUAUUGUGUUUUAGUAGCAACAACAAAAUUAAUACAGUUUGAGGUGAAAUUUUCGCCUUGCCAUCAGGCCCUCUUUAUACUUGAGUUAUGAAUUAUGUGCAGCUAAAUUUCUGAAAACUUUGGGCUGUUAAUUUUUAAAUAUAACAUAUUUGAACACAAUCAUGCUGAUGGAUAUUUGACACACAGUCUUUCUUCAGAAGCAGCAGUUGUAGGAAUGACAAGAUAGCUUGUCCUGGGUUUUCUAAUACAACUUUCCCAACAAUAAAUUACUUUCUCUUUGGGUUGGUGGAAUUUUGGAAGUUACAUCCCUCAGCAACCUUUGCUUGUUGGAUUUCAUUCUGCUGUACCUUUUUGCCAUCUGUUAUUUCUUUCCAGCUUUACUUUCAAGGCCUCAAAUUUGCUCAGAGCUUACAUAUUUUAACAUCACGCUAACAAAACUUCAAGGGAACAAGUCUUCCUUGCUACUUUUAGGAGUAAUUGAAAGGCAAAGAGAGUUUGUGCCAGGUCUAAGGGUCAUUUUGCAUAUCACUUUUCCAGAGAUGAGUGUUAACACUCAUGCUAAGAAAAGCACAUAUACAGUGUAAUUUAUGGAUUAUGGCACACGAAGUUUUUUGCUUUUUAACUAUGACAUUGGAAGAAUGUUCAGUGCAUUUUUUAAAAAUUUAGGUAUGGGCUUUGCAGGUAAGUAACUGUGACUGUAAAAAAAGUAUUGUCUGGGCAUCCUAACAUACAUUCAUAAUUACUGUUCUAUGCUCUUUCAUUCUUAUUGUUUCUCACAUACGCAGGCUGCAAGUACUCUUAAAAUGUUGUAAAUCAAAAUCCUUUUGUGUGUUUCUGUAUCUAGAGUUCCAUGUGUAGAACUUUGUUAAUAGUGCUGGAUUAUUUAAUACAUGCUGUAAGUCAAGAACAUAACAAACAUGUGGAGUCAAUUUUAUGUUUAAAUAGACUGUGAAGCUAAAUAUAUGGAUGCAGAUUCAAUAUGAAUUAAGUCUUGCUCCACUAGUUCGUAAUUUUGCAUUAAAACUAUUGAAGAAAUGACAUGCUUAUGCUGUAUAUUUAUUGAUUCUUUUGUGAUAAAUUGCUUAUAUAUAAACUAUAUUGUAUUUUUGUAAUAUAUGGUAAUGGUUUCUAGCUUUUAAAAGGCAUAUUAAAGAGAGAUGUGUUUUAGAAGGGAGCAUAUGAGUUUAUUUAAGAGUUUCAUUGGUAUAUAAAUGGUUAUGGUUGUCAGCUAUCUUGCAUAUUUAUCAAGGGGAGAAAUUAAUAUGGUAAAUAGAUUUACCGUACACUGCUGAUUGCAAUAUAAUGAUAAACAACUAUUAUGCAUGGAACAAAUUCAUUCUCUGGGUCUGUUUCCAUACAGAACUUGACUGUGAAUGUAGUUUUUUUGUUAGUUCUCUGCAUAAUUGAAAAAAAAGAUAACUUUGUUCACUAGUGUUCUUGCUGUCCUGAAACUAUUUCAUUUAUUACACACAGCUGUUAGUUAUUUUUGCUCAAUACAUUCACAGCCUGACCUCUAUGUGUUUGUAUGUAUAUGUGUAAGUCAUGUUUGGUUCACUGGAUGUUUGUGUAUGUAGAAUUGUAGCCUUAGAAUACCAUACUCUUGAUUGUAGUAAUGUUACACAAGAUUUAUAGCACUGUAACUAAGCAGAACCUGGACAGGGAUAGCACCUAUACCUUCUACAAGGAUUUUGUCACAGCUAUCCUGUCUUCCUGUGAUCUUGCUGUUUCACUGCAUAAUUGAGAACAGUACCAAGUACUAGUAUGAGUGGCUGUUAAGUAGAGAGAAUCUUAAAAAUUGUAGUCUAGUUUUGCAUUUAAAAGAAAAUGGCAGUGGGUGGUAAAAUGGCAGUGGGUGGUAAUAAUAGCAUAGAUGACUGAAUUCUGGAAGUUCUAAAUUAAAAUCCUCUAAAUUAAAAGAAUUAAUACAAAUAUGAGCUUGCUUUGGCCCUUUUAUGACUAGUUGGAUUCACAAAAGAAGAAGAGCUUAUGUACAAAUGCUAGACAUAUGGGGAAGUCUCAGAUGGUAUUAAUUUUUCUCAAUGAAAAUGGCACUUGCCAGUUUCACAAUGUCACUUAUAUUUUUUUCUGAGAGAAUAUGCACAAGUUCUCUACACUGCCAUAGAAUUUCUUAGGAUACUGAAAUUUGAUACACAUCUUCACAUCCAUUUGUCAGUUUGAUUAUUUUACAGGAGUUAUUGAUUGUGGGGGUCGGUAAUUUGUUAGCUUAAAAGUGGGCUGUUUUUAUUUCUAUGCAUUACAGUUACUUUGCUUCUAAUUCCGCACUGAAAUUGCUUGACCACCAUUAUGAGUCAGUUAUGUUGCAGGGGAAAAAUAGGAUUUUGUUAUUUACUCAAUUUCUACCCUGCUUUUCUUUCCAGUGGGAAUUUACUGGUUCAAUUAGGUAGCAUAGCUGGGGGGAAAGAAUGUACACAGAUUUACCAAGGGAUUUCUACCUGCAGUUUGUUACUAUAUCACACUACAGGUCUAAUAA